GAAUUAUGAAUAAGUUGUAGUAUUUGGCUCAAUAAUACACAGACAAGAAAUUAUUUUUUGCCAUUUUCUCUACUGCACUUGUGCAGACCUUCACUUUCCAACUUUCCCCAUAGCAUCAACUGUUUUGGUUGGUUCAGGGAUGAUACUUUAUCUGUGAACAGUGUCACACUGAGCAUUACAAGAAGGUUGUGGACCCUUGCAGAUGAUCUAUGCUUCAACAGGAGUGCAAAAAAGAAGUAGAAUCAUUAUAAAGCAAAUGCAAUAAGCCCUUAUGCAGUGGGGCCUGUUGCCUGUUGCAUUAGUAGACUGCAGAUUGCAGUGGCCAGUCUGCAGCUACUCAUCUCAAAUUGAAUGCUGUUGUAGUGAAUGGAAAGAAGAUCUGACUGAUUAAAUGUGUGAAUGUUUUUGCAAGGCUUGCAUUGCAUCACCUAGUACCUCAGGUAUCAGGCUUGCGAGGAAGAGAGGAUACAAUGAAAGCAGAGCCGACUGUGUUGUUUUGUCGCAGCAAUAAUUUUUCCAUUUCUUCAAAGUCAUGACAUACUUUCAGAUUUGACAAUUCUUCAGAGGCAGAGAGCGCGAGAGCAGAAGAGGAAGAGAGGCAGGAGAAUCCGUGGGUAUCUGCUCUUGAUUGCUUCUCUGUCUUUCACUCUUUGUUUCUCUCUCUCUCUCUUUUGUUUCGUGCAUUUUCCAUUGUGCGUCACUCGGACCAUAAAUGAGCAAGUCUUUGUCUUAAUCUUUGAAGUCAUGUGACAGAGAGAGGAAUUACCUACAGAGCCACAUCCCCCACCCACAAUGUGAUAUACAUACUCCACCCAGACCAGAGACUGCAGACUGAUACACGGGGAGACUGAGAGGUUACGAGCAGGUGGCUGAGUGACUGAUAGUGAGCGGUUGAACAGCAGAGUGGAUAGAAGGAGAAGGACAGGUCUCUUAGGAUGAAGAAGGUCAUGGCACAGUCAAAUAUGAAAUUGCAGGUUCUGAUUCUUCUGGCAACAACUCUGACUAUUUCAUGUGGCCAGUAUGGUGAGGAGAUUGCAGAAGUGUUUGUGGAGAGCGGCUCAGUGGCUGUGCUGCCGUGUCAGAUGUCUGUACCAGAUGUGCACUCUCCUGCUGUGCAAUGGAAGAGAGAAAGUGGAGGUGAAAUGAAGACAGUGUGGCGGAGGAACCGGAGUGGCAUGGAGUACCGAUCAGUGGGGACAUCUGUACGUGCUUACUGUCCUCAACCAAACUUCAGCUGGGGGGAGUUCAGUCUGCAUUUGAGUGGUGUGACAGAGAAAGAUGGAGGAAUGUACCACUGUGUCGUGGAGGGAAUGAAGAAGCACACCAGGAAGGUCAUGCUCCGAAUCGUCAGGGUGUCCUUUACUCCCGCUGAGGUGGUGGAGGGCAAUUCGAUGACCGUGUCCUGCAACAUCACUCCACAGCCUGACAGGGUGAAAACAACGUGGGAAGUAAGGGGCUCAUUGAGGGCAACCAGUCAGUCGCUAACAUUCCAACAUGUGUCUCAAAAGGAGUCUGGAAGCUGGAGUUGUCUGGUUAACAGCGAUAAAGCUUCGGGAAAGGCAUCAGCAUCACUGCAAGUCAAAGGAAUCCUCAAUCCAGAGGAUAACAGUAAAGUAGUGUACGCUGAGGUGGGCUCCUCCGUCACUCUGCCAUGUGUCUUCAGUAGCGGGCUCUUUGUAAGCAGUGUGUCCUGGAACAAAGUGUUCAAUGCAGCUGAUCUUUCUACAACAUUUGCGACGUCUUCCAAAAUCUUCUCUGGCCUUUACUUCGAGAGCGUGGUGGAGGAAAAUGAGGGCAUCUACAAGUGCUCAGGACAGGUGGAGGGUGUCAGGAGGAGGAGCGAGAAAAUGGAGAGAUACAUACAUCUGGUCACUGCUCAGAUUCUGAGUUCCUCCAUAAGUGAGCAGCUGUCCCUGAGCUGUGAGCUUAGCAACAGCAGCCGGGUCACUCAUUACGAGUGGCUCCGUUUGGACUACGGUGAAAAUGAGACCCAGACGCUGAGCACUGUUCAAAAUUCACCAUCAAAAGUCCUGAAGAUUCCCAAAGGUGAAGAGAGGCACCGGGGCGGAUGGGUGUGUCGUUUCUAUGAGCAUCAAACGCUUUUGGGAAAUGCAACCUACCACCAGCCAAUGAUGAGUGGCCUGGAGGGAAUGAACAAGUCUGGAAACAACAGAAAAAUUAUCACGAUUAUAGGACUGACUUUGGUGGCACUGCUGGUGUUCCUUAUUUUGCUCCAGAUGUACAAAAACCACCGCAGGAGAAAAAUGAUCAUGCAGUAUCCAGCUAUGGAGACCAUUGUCCACCUGGCCUCUAAUGAACGAGAAAGGAUAGAAAGAAGCAACAGAAAAGAAAAGGAGUGCUCGGUGGAUCUGAAAUCCAUAUCUGUCUAACUUUUCUCUGGUUUUGACAUUUUGUAAAACAAAUGUAUGUAGUUAAAGUGAUGAGGGCUGAUUUUCCUGAGGGUUGAUUUUUUAAACUGAUUAUAUUUGCAUUAUUGAUGUAUAUAAGUGUAUAUAAGUGUGUGUGUGUGUGUGUGUGUGUGUGUGUGUGUGUGUGUGUGUGUGUGUGUGUGUGUGUGAGAGAGUGUGAGUGUGUGGGUGCACAUGUGUAUGUGGUUUGUGUGUGUGUGUGUGCGUGCGGGCAUGUGCGUGUGUGUGUUUGCCACUUACAGACAAAUGUAGCAUGUAAAUAGGCCAUGACACU